GCCUUCAACACCGAGAAAGCAACUGAGGAGGGCACAGAGGUGCAGAUCUCAUGGGAAUUUAGGAUGGAAAGACCCGAUGGUCCCAUGCAGGCCACCAACAGAAGGGACCAGUGCAGGGUUGUUCCCUGUCACACAAGUCCUAAUGCGGUGCCUGUCCAUUGUAAUUGCCUCACUUGAUGGGACUCACAGCUCUCCUCUUAGGGAGACUGCUUGGUAGAACUCACGGGCGGGAAGGUUUUCCUAGUAAUCCGUUGCUAAGGCCUUGUCUACAUGCAGAAAUUGCAUACUUUUAAUAUAAAAUUGUUUUUUAAACUGAUUCAUUUAAACUGGUGCAAACUCCUGUGGACACGCUUAUUUUGGUUUAAUAAUGACUUAGUUCAGUUUACUUUAAAACUGUUGCUAAUUGACUAUGCAUGACAUCUGUUUUAAUCCGAAGUGUGUCCACAUAGCCUUUUGCACCAGUUUAACUAAAUCUCUUUAAAGUCCCACAUUAACUGCACUCUGAUCUACACUUAAAAUUCAGACUAACACGGCUACCACUCUGAAACUUAAAAUUUAGAUCACCUAGUAUGUUGCUCAGGGGAGUGGAAAUUCACACCGCUCAGCACUAUAGUUAAAUCGACCUAAUCCUCAAUGUAGAUGCAAAUUCUUCUGUUGACCUAGCAACUGCUGCUUGGGAGGUGGAUUAACUACACUGACGAAGAAACCCUUCCAUCAAUGCAGAAAGUGUGUGCCCUGUGGCACUACAGCUCUGGUGCUCAUCAUGUAGACACUGCCUACAACUGGUUCAACUUUCUCAUAUAGACUAGCCCAUCUUUACUUACUCAUGGGCAAUUAUUACUGUGUGUCUCCCUCUUAGCUACUGCUUGGUCAAGCUAGACAUAUUUAGGUCUUUUAAUGUUUCAACAUCAGUGAGGGAGUCCCCUGGUUAUCUGAAUUGCUCUUCUGUGAAGUCCCUCCAAUUUGUCAAUAUCUUUCCACUAACAUGAUAUGGAGAACUGAACACAUUAUUAUACCAGAAUUGCAUGUGAAAGGGACUAUCUGCCCUGGGUCUAUCAUAUGUGGCCUUUAUGUAUACAGCGCAAAAUUGUGUUUAAAAAAUACUAGCAAAGCAGAAUCUGGGUUCUGAUUGAGUACUACCUACACAUAUGCAUUGCAACACUGACAAUCAAGCUUGAGUUAUGGGGGGGUGUGUGUGUGUGUGUGUGCAGAACAGUGGGAUCUGGAGCCCCUGGAUAGUUCACACUUCCCACAGGUCCUCAGGGGAGAGUGUUAACAAAAGAUUUAUUUAAAAAAACCAAAACAAAACAUAAAGACAGCCUUCUGCUAGGACAUGGUAUCAUUCUGAGUCAGUUCCCAAACCCAUCCAUCGUGCCUUGCUCUGCUGUCAGAUGAGCCCUUCCUGGUGAAAAGUCGAAAUGGCCACAAGAUGCCAAGAGUCUGAGGCUACCUUCUUAUCACAGGGGAAUAACCUGCGAGCUCUGGGUGCUGAGGCUUUAGGGAAACUCCUGAGGCAGAACAAAUCCAUCAGAAGCCUCACCUUGGAGUGGAACAGCCUGGGAAUGUGGGAGGAGGGCUUUUCCCUCUUCUGCCAGGGACUAGGAGCCAACCGCUUCCUCCAGUGGCUGGAUCUGCGCAAUAACCAGAUUAACCACCAGGGGGCAGGAGAGCUGGCCUUGGCCCUGAAAUGCAAUUCCAGUCUACGGGAGCUGGAUUUGCGUUGGAAUAACAUUGGGCUCCUGGGGGGCCGAGCGUUACUGAGCUGUCUGCACAGCAACAAGACCUUGAGGAGGCUGGAGCUGGCUGGGAACAACGUCCCCAGUGACAUCCUAAAGGCUGUGGUUCUCUCUGUGUCAGAACAAGCCAUGGAUCAUAACCAGGAUCGCCAGACCAUUCUUGCUGAGAACCACAGCCGGACACGCGUGCUCAGUAAGGAAGUGUUUAGUCUGAAGGAGGAGAAGGCUAAGCAGUUCCUGGAUUUGAUGGACACUAUUGAUAAACAGAGAGAAGAAAUAACCAGGAGCAGCAGGACAUCAGCAGCACGAGUUGGCCAGUUACAGGAAGCCCUGAAUGAGCGGCAGUCUGUCAUGAAUUCACUAAAAGCCAAACUGCAGAUGACUGAAGCUGCAUUAGCUCUGUCUGAGCAGAAAGUGCACAACCUGGGAGAGCUUCUGAGUGCCACAAAGCAGGAGCAAGCCAGCAUGGCCGAGUGCCAAUUGAAGGAGCUCCGGCAGCAAAAACAGGAAGCUUCUGAUCGGGAAACAAACCUUCUCCAGCAACUAUCUGCUGCCAAUGAGAAAAACCUGCUUUUAAGAAACCAGGUGGAUGAGCUAGAGAGAAGGUGCAAAGCCCAGCAGGACCAACUGUUCCAGGUGAAGCAAGAUUUGACAAACACAACAGCAGAGCUGAAACUGCGAGUUGUGCAGGCAGAGGAACGCCUUGAAAUGGAGAAGAAGAGAUUUAAACAGGGCCUGGAAGAUAUGGAAUCCCUUCGACUGAAAGAGGUGGAUCACAUGACACAUCACAUGGAGGCAAGUGAGCACUCCAUGCAGGAGAGAAUCCAGAGGCUGGAAGCCACCCGGAUUGGGCUGGAGGAGGAGCUGAGCCGAGUCAAAGCAGCGGCAUUUGCUGAGCGAGGUCAGGCAGAGGAGGAGUUAAUCAAAGUCCGGGGCCAGGCCAGGCUGGAAGAGCAACAGCGCCUGGAUCACUUGGAAGAGAAGCUACGGCUGAUGACACAGUCACGUGAUGAAGCUCAGAACUACUGCCUUCAGCAGAAGCAGGCAGUGGGAGAGGCACAGGCCAAGCUCAGCCAGAUGACCCUGCAAACCGAAGGGCUCAAGAGGCGCAUGGAGGAACUACAACAGGACCUGAGCGGCAAGGAGCAGGAGAAGGUGGCUGAGGUGAACAAAGUGAGAGUUGAGCUGCAGGAGCAGAUUGGACACCUGCAGGCUGAAAGGACAGCACAGGAAGGGCUGAAAGAGAAGAUUGCUGCCCUGGAGAGGCAAUUGAAAGUGUUAUCAAGUAACCACCGAGAGGCCCUGCUGGAUAAAGAGAGUGAAAUCUCUACUCUCCAGGAGAAGCUGAGGAUGAAAGAGGCUGAGAUCUCCAGGAUGAGGGAAGAGGAGGCCCAACGAGCUAGUUUCCUGCAAAACGCCAUCAUGGCCUAUGUGCAGGGCUCUGCCCUUGGAGCCCUCAGCCCUAGGAAAUGAGCAUGUCCGAAGGAAUCCCAGGUGCCUGCUGUCAGGAAUAGGGGGGCGUGAUCUGUGUGCAGCUCCUUCUUCCGGAGCAGGCCUGGUUUCUCAGGAGAGUGGUGUUACUCCUCUCGGAAGCACAAGGGGGUCACAGACACAGAAUCCCUCAGGCCAUUCAGAAAUUCUGCUGCUGACAGCAAUGAGGUCUGAAGAAAGCAACUAGCCAAGGCUGGGGUUAGGGAUAGCCAGGACUGAGUUCUCCCACUUCACCGUGUUAGACUCUGUCCACACUAGAGCCUGUAACAGCCUUUGAAAACAGUUUUUAUGUUUUGUCACACAACAUAAGCCUAUCUGUAUCUGCCCCACACACUGAUACUAACCAUGUUGUAGGAGCCUGGGAGAGAGGUGUCCACCUGCAGCACUAAUUUGGAUGCUAUGGCUGUUCACAAAGAAAGUCUUGUCAACACUCACUCGACAGGGGAACUGUCAAAAACAGCUCACAUGCUUGGGAGCCAUCUGUGUCACUCUAGGCAAAGUACAGUGAGCACAGAUACUACGGUGAUGGGUGACACAGACAUACUUGUAAUGAAUAAAAUCAGCUAUGCUGGCAGGUGACUGCAGAACCAGGCUGGAUAAUGAAUUGUUAGCUAUGGCUGAAGCCCCUACAGUCCUAGUUGAUACUGAAAAGUAGGGAAGAUCCUGUCCUUGCUCAGUAUGAACCACUGUCCUAAACUGGGGCCUCUUUAACAAGACAGUGGCAGAGAACAGCAUUUAGUUCCACAUGGUGGGGGAGUCACAGUGGAUCCUACUAAAUAGACAAGCUGCAAAGAAUGAACUCCUGGCUCCAGAAGGUCCCUGAGCUGUGCAGUGCCUAUUUCCUUGGCUUUGAACUGGUGAAGAGGGUGUGAGUUGUUCUCUUUCCAUUGCUAUAGUAUUUCAGAAAAUAAUGUGUAGGAGACGGUGAAUGAUUUUAUAUUAAUUUUAAUGCACAUUUUUAAAAUGAAGAUGAAAGUGAAGUAUGUGUCCUUCUCUCUGGGUCUAGGGGUUGAUUUGUUUUCAUGGUUUGUUUUGCAGGGUUUAUUUUAAAAUAAAGAGCUUUUGCAUUUUGUUAUAA